AUGGCAAACUCGAGCAUCGACUACAUUCUCUUGAACAAUUUCCCAGCCGCAGCGAAAGAUUGGUGUCACGCGGAGAAGGGACUGAAGAAGUCGCGACUGCAGCGCGUGCAGGAAAUUUUACGUCGAGGGCUUUAUGCGGUUGCUUUGGCGAUGCGAUGGCCAGGUCGACGCUGGUACAACCUCCAUCUCGGACAAUGCGUUCUCUACCCGGUGGUUGGCUUUGUGGCGUUCGAAGUCGCUAUGGUAGCAUGUCUUGCAGCACUUCAGAUCUUCCUCUGGAGCGGCAAUGAAAUGGCGUGCAUGACUGGAUGGGAUCCGUUGCCCGCCGAACGUAGGAGAAAGGCAUGGCUGAUAAAAACGAGAGUCGCGCCGUCGACUGGUCGCAAGCCUCUUUCGCUGGUGAACUCAGAACCUUUCUUUGUCGAGGGUGACGAUGCAACGGGAGAAUCUGUCGCAGCUACGGCAUAUCAUACCGUUACUGCUCAGCCUGGAGUGCAAAAUCUCAGCCUGGAAGAGCUGCGGCUGCAACACUACAGGGACGUCGGUCUCGCCCCAUCAACGCCACCUCCCAUGCACUCGCCAUUGCAGACACCGCAGAGUCACUCGGCAGCGAUACAUUCGCACCAGGAAGAUAGCUUCAUGCAGAGUGAGGAGUCCGAUAGCAGCACCUUCCCAAAGUGGAUAUCUGAACGAUUCAACGACUCGAUCUUCGACCCCUUCAUCAGCAGCAGCCGUCGCGACUCGUUUGGCCUUCGCGAUCAGUCUUUGGUAGCUAGCAGCGACACGGAAGAUGCCGGUCAAAAGACCAAUUCAUCGGUCCCAGACCUCCUCACAGGCAGCCCGGUGGUGGGAAGGAAGUUCAUUUGA